AUGGCAUUUGAAAGUAUCAUCUUCUACGAGGACAGGAACUUCCAGGGCCGCUCUUAUGAGUGCAGCUCUGACUGUUCUGACCUCCACUCUUUCUUCAACCGAUGCAACUCCAUCCGUGUAGAAAAUGGAAACUGGAUGCUUUAUGAGCAUCCCAACUUCACCGGACACCAGUAUUUCCUGAGGAGGGGAGAGUAUCCUGACUUUCAGCAGUGGUUGGGAUUCAAUGACUCCAUCAGAUCUUGCCGCGUUAUCCCUCAACAACGUGGUUCCUACAGAAUAAGGAUCUAUGAAAGAGAAGACUUCAGAGGUGAGAACAUGGAGUUUUUAGAUGACUGCGCCUCUGUCCAUGAGCGUUUCAAUUACCAUGACAUCUACUCUUGCAACGUCUUGGAUGGCCACUGGAUCUUCUAUGAGCUGCCCAACUACAGAGGUCGCCAGUACUACCUGAGACCAGGAGAGUACAGGAGAUACACUGACUGGGGUUCUGUCAAUGCCAGAGUUGGCUCCUUCAGACGUGUUAGAGAAAACUAUUAG